UUAUUAAUAAGAAUAGUAAAUUAGAAAGAACAAAGAAUGCCUAAAGUCUUCUUCCCCUGAAGUCUCUUACGUUUUUCCCCUACGGCUGUACCUCUUCCUCCUGGAGCCAAAAUUCCCAACCUCUCGAAACUUCCAAGUUUUUUUUUGUGAUUUUUCUGGGUCUGAAUUGUAGUUAACAUAAUCCCACUUUUACGAUCUUCUUCGUCUUCCUCUAGAUCCUUCAUUUUGGUCCCAUAAUUUACCCUACCCACUCUCUACAGCGUACAUCAUUUUUGAAUUCUUUCUAAGAUUAAUACUGCUGUACCGUAUAGGCAUAAACACAAACACCUUACUUGUCCACACCGUCUGAGUUUUGAAAUACUGAAGUGGGAAGAGGGAAGAAACUCGGGCUGAAGAUUUUUGGGGGACAUCGCAAAGGGUUAGAGUUGAAAAGAUUAAAAAAGAAAAGAAUGUCCCCAGCAAUGGAGGCGGCGGAACAAGCGGAGCAGCUCAAGCUUGAUGGCAACAUGGCCUUUAGCAAAAGUCGUUUUGGUGCCGCCAUUGAUGCUUACACGGAGGCGAUUGCGUUGUGCCCUAACGUGCCCAUUUAUUGGACGAAUCGUGCCUUGUGUUAUCGUAAGCGCAAUGAAUGGACAAAAGUGGAGGAAGAUUGUAGAAAGGCUAUUCAGCUUGAUCAUCAUUCUGUCAAGGUUCGUGAAUAGGUACUUUUGCAUCAACAUUUAGUAUCGGUCGGUAGUAACCCCUUGGCAAACUUUUUGUUUUUGUUUCUGUAUUGCGUACAGUUUGUUUUUCAUAAAUUAGUUAUGCCAUAGUUUCUCUUAACUCAAAUUUAGGCAUUGAGCAUGCCUGAUGCUUGCCAUUGUGAUUAAACUUUUGAGAUUGGGUUUGGUGUCUAGUGCACUUUGAGUUUGGUUUCGCGUCCACGAUCAGAUUGAGACCUCCAGGGCUUUAUUGCUUUUGAUAUUCUUGGAGGGUUGAAUUGUUGACAUGUUUGGAAUGCACACAGUAACACCUUGGUUGUAUAACUAUUGUCAAAUUUCCACACAACUGUCAGAAAUACCUGCCAAGCUACCACCGUUAUUUAGUUUUGGUGAUUAAGUUGAACUCCUUCCACUUGUGAUGUUUAAACUUUAAAGUAUAGAUAGAAGGCAUUUAUUUCCCAGGCGCUGAUAGAGCUUGGGAAUCUAUAUCUAUCUGUAUUUUUCUUGGUCAAAUCUGGUGGCAAGCAUUGUGUCUUGAUUGGGGACAUCCAUGAGCGAAACACUCUCAAUGUUUGGUGGUCGGGGAUUAUAAUUCUGAACAAUGGGGUUUGACGUUGGCGUUGCUUUCGGAAAUCUAUACUUGGAUCUAACAUCUGCAGUUAGUUACUUCUAGAUUUGUUCUUUGUGUAAUUUCAUAGUAAAAAAGAAACCACACUCGUUGAGACAAGAGUUAGAAUUAACGACUGGGUCAAUUUGUUGGCUUUUUUCAGAGACAUGAUCGGAGUCUUGUGAUUAGCCACUUAUUUUGUUCUUCUGCUGAUUUUAUCCUUCUUUUCUUUUCCCUUAGAGCUUGCUUUACGGUUCCUUGUAAGGUCCAGAUUUAAAGAAUCAGAUAAUCUAUCACAUAUGUUCAAGUUAUCCAUCUCGCUAUACAGUCGUUUAGGACUGACCUGUGUAGAGUAUCUGAAGGUUCUUAGAUUUUCUCAUCAUUUUCGGUUGCCUCCUCAUUUCAUCAGCUAAUGUGUUGAAUGAAUUUGAUUUCUUAAUCCUAAUUUUCGAUUUGUGAUCUUGUUUUAUGUGGUUCAUAGAGACUGAACCUGACUGGGAGCUAAGGGUUAGUGGGAAUGUAAAAGAAAUAUAUUGGGAGCAUGAGGAUUUUUUAACUUGAAAGUGAGAUACAAAUAGGAAGUGAGUCGAUGAAAUAGUUAAUGCAUAUAUUUAUCUUGUUUUACCAUGAAAUAUAGAGUUAGUAAGCCAUUUGGGAACAAAGAUGUGAAGAGAGCAUAGUUGAAUCUCACCCUUCUAAUUACCUUUCUUUGUGAAUGGGUGAGGAAAGAUUGCUUGGUGGUCUUUGAUUAUUGAUUCACUCAGAGUUUAUCUAUGAAUCUGUAUUAGCCUCAAAUUUUAAUAGUGAUUUUCUUCUUUUUCCGUAAGUUGUUACUUCCUGGUCUAUAGUAAGAUGAUUUGUUAUGUUUGAUUACAUUGAUAUUUUUGUUUGAUGUUGUUCGAAUUUGUGACAUCGCAUACUUUCUUUUUAUAAAUUAAUAUGUUAGGCAUGCCAUUCUUUUUAAUGUAGGGCUAUAAACUGUCAGCUGGUAGCUGCCUUUGAAGUAACUGUGUGACAUGGUGUGCUUUCUGGUUUUACAGGCCCAUUAUAUGCUUGGUCUUGCUUUGCUGCAGAAGGAAGAAUUUGCUGAAGGAGUUCGAGAAUUGGAAAAAGCAUUAGAUCUUGGAAGGGAUGCUAAUCCAAAAAGUUAUAUGGUAGAGGAGAUAUGGCAGGAGCUUGCAAGAGCAAAAUAUUUGGAAUGGGAGCAUGAAUCUACCAAGCGUUCAUGGGAACUUCAAAAAUUGAAAGGUACUUGUGAAGCAGCUCUAAAGGAGAAACAGUUUUUGGAUUCUUCUGAAAAGGAAGGUUUUGUAGAUGAAACUAUGAAAGCUAAUGCUGAUCAACUUGAAGCUUUGGAUAGGGUUUUCCAAAAAGCUGCAGAAGAUGAUAUUCCAACAGAGAUACCAGAUUAUCUAUGUUGCAAGAUUACUCUUGACAUUUUCCGCGAUCCAGUGAUCACUCCCAGUGGAGUUACAUAUGAGAGGGCUGUGCUGCUUGAGCAUUUUCAAAAGGUAGGUAAAUUCGAUCCAAUCACACGAGAAUAUCUUCAUCCAUCUCAACUGGUUCCGAAUUUGGCCAUAAAAGAGGCAGUACGAGCUUUUCUGGACAAGCAUGGGUGGGCUUACAAAAUAGACUGACAUGAGGCCAUGCCUUGGCUUUCAAAGAAGUGCACCGAUUCUUGCUUUUCACAAAGCGAAGCUAACUUUGAUUGAGGAGUUUUGGCAUUGCGGCCCCGAAGGCUAAUGAAAACAUGUGUACCCAAUUGUAUAAAAUUGCAACAUUGUGAACUUUUGGGUUGUACAGGUAGGGAAUUACAGCUUUUAAGUUGCAAAAGUAUUACUGUACAGAGUUUGUACCUUACACUUGAGCUUGAAUGCUUGAUUUUAGAUCACAGGCUGAGUCUGCUUUGUCUUUAUAGAUUCUUCUUGUGAUGGAAUGUUCAAUGCUGGUUAUGCCAAGUUGCAAACUUUCCGAUUUAAUAUUCAUUCAUUUCCUAAAAGUAAAAUAUUAGUUGGUCUCAACUUGUUUGUGUGGAUUGAAUUAUCAUCCGAUUUUUGUUUUACUUUUUCUGCGACAUGUUUCGGUAAUGGAGACUGAGACAAGGGCUUGUCCUUCCAUUCAAUAGGUAGGAGAAAAUGCUAAUACAGGUUUAACUUUUCGACUGUCUCAUCUAGGAGUGGUGCAUUCCCAGUAGGAGCCUAUGAGAUCUCGUCUACACUUGGGAAGAUUUGUUUUUUAAGGGUACCUGUGAAGUGUUCUAAGUGGAGUUCACAAGUAUAGUUGUACCUGUAGAUAGCGCAAAAAAUCAAACUCACCUUAAUAGAGUUAAUAGUGUAAGAUAAGCUGCGAAAAAUUCAAACUCUCAAGUCUCAAUGUAUGAGUGUUAUAAUAUGUUUUGUUAAGGAAAAAUAAAGUAAAAUUUUUACCCAAAGAAAUUUUGCUUGUAACCACAGAUACAAACAAGUAUUCCGCGUGCUUCUUCUUCAUCUACUGGUAUGGCUGAUGCAAUGGUUUUUGCUAAGUUGUUAUUUUGUCUACGUUGUUGAUGCUUGUUUUAUUAAAAAAAAAUCUGGCUUGAUGUCCUCUGCCGUCGGUGACUAUGGAGUAUGGACAAUUGAGGAUGCCAAUCCGCAAGCUAGAAUUAUCCGUCAUCAUGUUCCUAUACUACUAAUGGAAAACUAUCAACAUGUUUCAGAUGCAAAAAAGCUUCAACGACCCCAGCCACAACCGGAGCAAUAAUCUUCACGGACAUAUGUCGGGCAAGGGGGCCUUCCCCCGGGUAUUUCCCACCAGAAGGGCUCCUUGCGGGGAAGUGGAUAUUUGCUACACAAAGGAAGUUUUCUUGGGUCACAGCAACGCAGUCCGCAAGCCUCAUCCUUUUUCAAGGCCAACUCAAACACAUCUUUCCGCUCGCAAGACGUCACCUCUCGCGCUUUACAAUGACCACGUCCAACUACAAACCGUGCUCGAAAAGUGGUCUUCUGAGUGUUUCUGGGAUCGCCAACUCGAGAAGCAGCCAAGGUAACGUAAUACAGAAAUCUAAACAUCAUUAAGGUCGUAAGUCACGGUCCGAACCUCAACAUCCUUGUGUCUCUGCAGAUAAAACAUCAUAAGUGAAAAACUGAAAAAGCAAACCUAUUCCUUCACCAGAGUCUUAUAAAUGAUAAGAUAUAUGAAAACAGGAAAUCAGACAUAAAGACAUGCUACCAUAGUUGCCAUACGUAACGCCCCGAAAAACAUUAAAUAUAAAGUUUACCUCAUGAUCCUCAUGGUGGUUGUUGUGGUAAAAUGCAAGACAUUGCUGAGAAAUCUGACGGAACUCAGCCAUGGUUCUGACCUCAUCAUACUGGUACUCUUUAAAAGAAAGUAUUGUUGGACUGGAGGUAUCAUAAUGAGGAGGAUCAUUGACCUCAUAACCCUGCAGGUAACAAAGAAGAGCCCCCCCACCACUUGAAAGUAACAACAGCAACCGGGAAAAAAAAUUCAAUGGUGGUUAUAAUUCUAUAAGUUGCGAGCUUUUUUGUUCCAAAUUCUCGUUCAUUUCCGA